AUGCACCCUUUCGAGGAGGAGCUGACCUGUUCCAUCUGCUACAGCCUCUUUGAAGAUCCUCGUGUCCUGUCCUGUUCCCACACCUUUUGCAGGAGCUGUCUGGAAGGCGUCGUCCAGGCGUCGAACAGCUUUUCCGUUUGGAGAAUCCCUCUCAAGUGUCCAAACUGCAGGAGAGUCUCGGAAAUCGCUGCUGCCGGCGUCGGGUCGCUGCCCAUCAACUUCGCCGUGAAAGCCAUCAUCGAGAAGUCGCGGCGGGAGGAGGCCGCCUGCAGCGCCACCUGCAGGCAGCACAGCAGCCAGCCCCUCAACAUCUACUGCCUGCGGGACAGGAAGCUGGUCUGCGGCCACUGCCUCACCAUCGGCGAGCACAGCGGGCACCCCAUCGAUGACCUCCACGCCGCCUACCAGAAAGAGAAGAGGACUGCCGGCGAGCUGCUCCAGCAGCUGACCGACAAGCACUGGACCGAUGUGUGCCUGCUGCUGGAGAAGCUGAAGGAGCAGAAGGCCCAGUGCGAGAGUGUGGUGAGGGGGGAUCAAAUGGCAGUGGUGCAGUACUUCAGGAAGCUCAGUGACACCUUGGAGGACAAGAAACAGGCUCUGCUGACGGCACUGGAAGAAGCCAAGGCCCAGGUUGUGGUGAAAUAUGACCCUCUCAUCCAGCACCUGGAGAAAAUGCGGGAGGAGCAGCUGGAGCUGAUGUCCCUCAACACGGCUGUGCAGAAGGAAGAGUCCCCACUUGUCUUCCUGGAGAAGAUGGGGGAUAUGCAGCAGCGUGUCAAAGCCUUGAGGGAGAAGCAGCUGCCCCAUGUGGAGCCUGUGGAAGUCCAUCCCAGGAUUGGGCACCUGCUGAAGGAUGUGUGGUCAAAAAUUGAGCUGGGGCAGAUUGACAAGAUCCUGGCUCCGAAAGUCAAGGUGGUCCUGAAGAGGAAACUGCGCAGCAGAGGUGGUGGCCGGGGGCAAGGCAGAGAAGUGAAGGAGCACCUGCAGGCUGUGAAUCGUUUGGUGCAGCUGCUCCUUGUGAUCACAGCUGUGGUGGGGCUCUCCUUUUACCCACCUGUGUCCUCCCUGCUGUUUGAAGCUGCUCCCCUGUACUUGUCAGAGGUCCUGCUGCCUGCCUGUCAGGGUCUCCACUCCCGCUGGCAGGCCAUGGCUGUGGGGCUGUGUGACAGAUUUAACUUGCUGAUGGAGUUUGUGGGGAGAGUUGUUUCCCUUCAGCAAUUCCAGUGA